AUAUAGUGAAUGCAGGGUCUGGGAAGAGCAGAUAUAGUGAAUGCAGGGUCCGGGGAGAGCAGAUAUAGUGAAUGCAGGGUCCAGGGAGACUGGAUAUAGUGAAUGCAAAGUCCGGGGAGAGCAGAUUUAGUGAAUGCAGGGGUCCAGGGAGAGCGGAUAUAGUGAAUGCGGGGUCCGGGGAGAGCAGAUAUAGUGAAUGCAGGGUCCGGGGAGACCAGAUAUAGUGAAUGCAGGGUCCGAGGAGACCAGAUAUAGUGAAUGCGGGGUCCGAGGAGACCAGAUAUAGUGAAUGCAGGGUCCGGGGAGA